CUGUGUGCUCCAGCCAAGGAAACAAGGAAGAAGGAGGCGGAGGAGGAGGAAGGAAUGCUGUGCAGGAUGCUUUAGUAUCAUGGCUGUCAAACCCAGUGGCGAUUCGGACACAAACAUCUAGCUUCAUGUGAGACUUACAAGCAGGACGAUGAGCACCAUGUCCGCUGCAGUCGUCGCGGUGUGGCUCGCCACGGUGAUCACCAUCUUGUCGAGGUCGCACGCGGACCGUAACGUCUACCCGUCUGCAGGCGUGCUGUUCGUCCACGUCCUAGAAAGAGAAUACUUCAAAGGGGAGUUUCCUCUAUACCCAAAAUCAGGUGACGCCACCAAUGAUCCCAUCACUUUUAACACCAACCUCCUGGGGUACCCAGACCGACCCGAUUGGCUGCGCUACAUCCAGAGGACUCUCAAUAGUGACGGAGUGCUCUACGGUUCCCCCACCGCCCAGCAUGUGGGCAAGGCCACCGUCAUAGAGAUUACCGCCUAUAACCGCCGCACUUUCGAGACAGCACGGAACAACUUGGUCAUAAACAUCAUGGCCACCGAGGAGUUCCCGCUGCCCUACCAGGCUGAGUUUUACGUGAAAAAUAUGAACGUUGAGGAGAUGCUGGCCAGCGAGGUGCUGGGAGAUUUCCUGGGAGCCGUGAAGAACGUGUGGCAGCCCGACCGCCUCAACGCCAUCAACAUGACCUCAGCGUUGGACCGCGGCGGACGUGUCCCGCUGCCUAUUAAUAACCUGAAGGAGGGUGUGUAUGUCAUGGUGGGCGCUGAUGUUCCCUUCUCGUCGUGCCUACGUGAGGUGGAGAACCCCCACAACCAACUGCGCUGCAGUCAGGAGAUGGAGCCCGUCAUCAGCUGUGACAAGAAGUUCCGCGCUCAGUUUCACAUCGACUGGUGUAAAAUCUCCCUGGUUGACAUCAACAAAGUAGUCCCGGUAUAUGUCGCACGUCCUGAGCCGGGCCCUGGGGUCCUGCCUGAAUUCGGGGAGUACAACCCCCCAUCAGAGUCUCUAAAGAGCCGAGACUACUUCACGGACUUCAUUGUGACGCUGGCUGUUCCUUCGGCGGUUGCGCUCGCUCUCCUCUUGAUGCUGGGCUACACCAUGUGCUGCCGAAGGGAAGGGGUGAAAAAAAGAAACAUGCAAACAUCACCCAUCCAGCUGGUCCACCACAGCUCCAUCCAGAAGUCCACCAAAGAGAUGCGCAGCAUGUCUAAAAACCGGGAAAUCUCUUGGCCGCUUUCCACGCUGCCCGUCUUCAACCCGGUCAGCGGUGAGGUGGUUCCGCCUAUCCACCCGGACAACUACGAGACCACCAGUAUGCCCCUCAUGCAGACGCAGACGAACCUGCAAAACCAGAUUACUAUACCACAACAACCAUCAGGAGAUAGUUAUGUCAUGUCUACAUUUCGAAGGUUGGAGGUAAAUGGUAUUCCUGAGGAGCGAAAGGUGGCUGAAGCACUGAAUUUGUGAUCUGCUACUCCACCCUCCACCCACACGCACCUUAAAUUUGUGCAAAUCUGCAUGUCUCAUAUGCAUCUUUUAAAGGGAACUCAGCAUCCAUACACUUUUUUUUUCAGUGUGCACUGCAAAAGUCACGUUUGAAUAUUUUGGAGUAUUUGUCAAAUGUAUUUUUACUUUCUUUGCACAAGAGCCCUCUUGAAGGAAAUGGGAGUUUUACAUUAAAUAUCAAGUGUCACACAUUAAUAAAUUCAUUCAGAAAAAAAAAACAUUUUUGUGCAUUACGUUUGCCCGAAUAGGAAGAAACGACUUAUUUCAGACAACGGAAGCCAAAACUGCACAUUUUAUGACAUUGUCGUCAGUUAUGUACAGAACAAUAAAGGCAUUUAUAAAUAUGGAUACAUUUUAACACAUCACAAAAAAUGUGUAACAUAUUUCAACGAGUAUAAAUAGUUGUUGCUUUUACACUACCAAAAUUGAACCAUUAAGGCCAGAGAGCCAAAGUACCGCUGUUAAGCAGAAAUGAAAACAUUGCUUGAAUCUCAAAUGUGGAGUCCACACUGAGGGUGAAGACAGGCUCAACAAUUAUUGAUGAUCGACACUCAAAUCACGUCUUGUCUCAUUGCAAAUACAAAAUGCAACUUCCAAAAUCAUUUGCAGUAAAGCACGCGCAUCACAUGUUCUGUAUCGUGACAAAAUAUGAUUUUUCGUAAUCAAAAUCUGCUUUGGUGCAGAAAAUUAGCUGCACGUGAACUCAUCGUCAGCAAUGUGGGUCAUUAAUUAAAAGUGCUGAAUCCUGCGUAGGAGUGGGCAGGUGACAAAUAAUAAACAAGCAAAAAAUAUUAUUCUUUUCAGCCGAGUCAGUGCAUGUUGGUGGCGACUUAUACGAAGUCAGUGGGAAAAGCUGCAUGUCGAAGAGGAGUCAUGCAUGUCGAAAGGGAGUCAAUCUUGAGCAAGAUGUUGGCUGUGCUGGCCAACCAGUGCAUGUUCUACCACAGCUCGAUGACGCAGAUUUAAACAUACAAAAACAAAAAUCAAAACAACGUGUCGUCAAUCGGAUGGAAUAUGUUCUUCACUUCACA